UAGGGCUCCCAAGCUGGGUUCAGCCAGCCCAGCAGCAACCACUGCCUCGCCGCCACCGGCCACCACGGCAGCUGUUCUUCCUUCUGCUGCUUCGCCUCCAGCAGUGAAGGGAGCCAUGGAACACAGAUUCUUCUGCUGGACCACUUCCUUUCUCUUGGUGGUGUGGUGCUUGCCAGUGCUAGCCUGCCCUAGUCGGUGUCUUUGCUUGAAGAGUACUGUCCACUGCAUGCACUUGAUGUUGGAUCACAUUCCUCAGGUGCCACAGAUGACCACAGUCCUAGACUUGAGAUUUAACAGAAUAAGAGAAAUUCCUGGGAGUGCCUUCAAGAAACUGAAGAAUUUAAACACUCUUCUCCUGAACAACAACCGAAUCAGAAAGAUUUCCAGAAAUGCUUUUGAAGGACUUGAAAAUUUGCUGUAUCUGUAUCUGCACAAGAAUGAAAUUUGCUCACUAGAUAAGCAAACAUUCAGAGGACUCAUCUCCUUGGAACAAUUGUAUAUUCACUUCAACCAAUUAGAAACAUUAGAGCAAGAGACCUUUGGAGACCUUCUGAAAUUAGAGCGACUAUUUUUACAUAACAACAAAUUAUCUAAAAUACCACCUGGGAGUUUUUCUCACCUGGACUCAUUAAAAAGACUGCGUCUGGAUUCCAAUGCUCUUGUUUGUGACUGUGACCUAAUAUGGCUGUGGGAACUUAUGCAAAGUUAUGCCCGAAAUGACCAAACUCAGGCUGCUGCUACAUGUGAACAUCCCAGAAGUCUCCAUGGACGUGCCAUCACUUCAGUGUCUGUAGAGGAAUUUGAUUGUGAGAGUCCUCGAAUUACUUUUGAGCCACGAAAUGUGGAGGUUACAUCAGGAAAUACUGUCUACUUCACUUGCCGGGCUGAAGGAAACCCCAAACCUAAGAUUAUUUGGCUACAUAACAACCACUCAUUGGAUUUGAAAGAUGAUACCCGACUUAAUUUGUUUGAUGAUGGGACUCUCAUGAUCAGAAACACUCGUGAGUCAGAUCAAGGUGCAUAUCAGUGUAUGGCCAGAAAUUCAGCGGGGGAAGUGAAGACGCAGAAAGUCAUGCUCACAUACUCCAGUCCUCCAGCUCCUCCACAGUUUAUAAUAAGUCCCAAGGAUCAAGUGGUGCUAGAAGGACAUACUGUGGAAUUUCUCUGUAAAGCUGAAGGCAAUCCACCUCCAGUAAUUGCCUGGACAAAAGCAGGAGGGCAGCUCCCACAGGAAGGUCGGCAUUCAGUUCUCUCCUCUGGCGCCUUGAGAAUUGCCCAUGUAGCACAUCAUGAUCAAGGUCAAUUUGAAUGUCAAGCAGUCAGUCCCUUAGGAGUGAAAAAAUCGUCUGUCCAGCUAACUGUAAAACCCAAAGCUCUCCCAGUGUUCACUCAACUACCUCAGGACACAAGUAUAGAGGUUGGAAAGAAUAUAAACAUUUCAUGUCAUGCUCAAGGAGAGCCACAGCCCAUAAUUACUUGGAAUAAGGCAGGUGUUCAGAUUACUGAGAGUGGCAAAUUCCAUGUUGGUGGUAGAGGCAUGUUGACCAUCUAUGAUGUAGGGCAAGCUGAUCAAGGGAGAUAUGAAUGUGUGGCUCGGAAUUCAUUUGGCCCCGUGGUGGCCACCAUGUUUCUCACAGUCAAUGCAAUACAGGGAAGACAAGCUGGUGAUGAAUUUGUUGAAUCAUCCAUUCUUGAUGCUGUACAGAGAGUUGACAGUGCAAUUAACUCCACACGAAGACAUUUAUUUUCACAAAAACCUCACAACCCCAGUGAUCUGUUGGCUUUGUUUCGUUAUCCGCAAGACCCAUUUACUGUGGAGACGGCAAGAGCAGGGGAAAUUUUUGAGCACACACUUCAGUUGAUCCAGGAACACGUGAAGCAGGGGCUCACUGUGGAUCUGGAAGGCAGAGAAUUCCGCUACAAUGACCUGGUGUCCCCCUUCUACCUCAGCCUCAUCGCCAAUUUAUCUGGAUGUACAGCCCAUAGGCAUAUGCCAAACUGCUCUGACAUGUGUUUUCAUCAGAAGUACCGAACCCAGGAUGGAACGUGCAACAAUCUCCAACACCCAACUUGGGGUGCGUCUAUGACCGCGUUCCAGCGCAUCCUGAAACCUGCCUAUGAGAAUGGCUUCAACUUACCCCGUGGGGUGGGGCGUCAUAUCUUCCCUAAUAAGGAUCCCCUUCCACUGCCAAGACAGGUCGCAGCAGAGUUGGUGGCCACAGCGACGGUCACCCCUGAUGACAGGUACACGCACAUGCUCAUGCAGUGGGGCCAAUUUUUGGAUUACGACUUGGAUCACACGGUGCCUGCGUUGAGCACGUCUCGCUUCUCUGAUGGGCAGCCAUGCAGUUCCGUGUGUACUAACGAUCCUCCUUGCUUCCCCAUUUUUAUUCCUCGCACUGACCCGCGGGCGACCCAAGCAUCAUGCAUGUUCUUUGCACGCUCCAGCCCCGUGUGUGGCAGCGGCACAACCUCCUUGAUGAUGAAUUCAGUCUAUGCCCGGGAACAGAUUAACCAGCUCACAGCUUAUAUCGAUGCCUCUAAUGUUUAUGGUAGUACAGAGCGGGAAUCCCUCCUUCUCAGAGACCACUCAGAGCCCAGGGGACUCCUGAGGACAGGCUUACUUUGGGCCCCUUCUGGAAAGCCCUUAUUGCCCUUUUCUACAGGACCAUCCACGGAGUGCACAGGGCAGGACCCAGACAGCAGCGGCCCCUGUUUCCUGGCUGGGGACCACAGAGCCAACGAGCAGGUGGCACUCACUGCCUUGCACACCCUCUGGUUUCGAGAACACAACCGGGUGGCUUCGGAGCUGUCUGCCCUGAAUCCCCACUGGGAUGGAGAUACUCUUUAUCACGAAGCCAGGAAGAUUGUAGGUGCUGAGCUGCAGCACAUCACCUACAGCCACUGGCUGCCCAAGAUUCUGGGGGGCCCGGGCAUGAAGAUGUUGAGGGAUUACCAGGGUUAUGAUCCCAAUGUCAAUGCAGGGAUCAUUAACUCUUUUGCCACUGCAGCCUUCAGAUUUGGCCACACAUUAAUCAAUCCUGUUCUUUAUCGACUGAAUGACACCUUUGGUGAAAUUCCUGAAGGCCACCUUCCACUCCACAGAGCUUUCUUUUCACCUUCGAGAAUAAUCCGGGAAGGUGGGAUAGAUCCCCUUCUUCGCGGGCUAUUUGGUGUGUCGGCUAAAUUGCGCAUGCCUUCUCAACUUCUCAGCUUGGAGCUGACUGAAAAGCUGUUCGCCUCCGCACAUUCUGUGGCACUGGAUUUGGCUGCCACCAACAUUCAAAGGGGGCGAGACCACGGCAUCCCGCCAUAUGUUGACUUCAGAGUUUUCUGCAAUUUGUCUUAUGUUCAGAACUUUGAGGACCUUCAGAACGAAAUUAAAAAUUCAGAGAUCAGACAAAAACUGAAAAAAUUAUAUGGCACUCCAGACAACAUUGAUUUCUGGCCUGCCCUAAUGGUAGAAGAUCUGAUCUCUGGAACCCAAGUGGGACCGACACUUAUGUGUCUGCUUGUUACACAGUUUCAGCGGCUAAGAGAUGGAGACAGGUUCUGGUAUGAAAACCCUGGAGUGUUUACCCCUGAACAACUCACUCAACUGAAACAGGUAUCAUUGGGCCGUGUGCUUUGUGACAAUGGUGACAACAUUCAGCAAAUCCAGGAGGAUGUCUUCCUGAGGGCAGAAUAUCCACAGGGGUAUGUGAGCUGCACAGAGAUACCAAAGGUCAACUUGCGAGUGUGGCAAGACUGCUGUGAAGGCUGUCUGAGUACAGGAGAGUUUGGGGAGCCCACACAAGAAUCUCCAAAGAAGCGUUCUGCUCAAUACAAUUAUUCUGACAAGGAAAAUGUGGGCUUCAAUGACCUUACUAGCAGGCAACAAGAUAAUUUGUACAUGGACGAAGAUGCUAUAGAUGUGACAUUUCUGGAAAAAACAAAAUUUGCCCAGGAUUUCAGCAAUUUUGCAGCAGAAAUUCAAGAGACCAUCAAAACGCUGAGAGGACAGAUAAACAAGCUGGAGGCACGCCUGAGGCAGGCAGGAUGUAGAGAUGAUAAAGGAAUUCAAAGGAAAGACAAUGAAUGCUGGAUGAAAGAAGACUGUGUUAGUUGCAUCUGUAAGAGUGGCCAGGUCACCUGUAUGGUGGAAACUUGUUCUUCAACACCAUGUAUCAGUCCUGAUUUGGCAAAAGAAACCUGCUAUCCAGUUUGCAAAGACCCAUGAAUAGCUGCUGAAUCCAUGGAGAAAUUCUAACCAUAUUUUCUGCUCUUAAGUUCCCAAUGGGGAUUUCUCAGGAAAAGGCAAUUAGGCAAUGGACUUCCACUUUUAACCUGUAAUCAUACUGACAUAGAAACCACUGAUGUCAGAGUAAGUUAGUUCAUUUAAGUCUUAGGCAUACUGAAGAUCUUUUACCAUUUAAUUUUCUAACACUCCUUGGUAUGAUGAAAUUUAAAGACUUUAAAGCACAUAAUUAUACUAUCUUAACAUAUAUUUCUUAUUUUGUAAGCUACCCGUUUGAUAUAACAUAUGAGGAAAUAAAAAAGAAAGUCAUUUACCUCUGUUGUUGUUGUUUUAUAUGUGGUCAUUUUGGAAAAUCUUUCAUUUCAAAAUUCCUGGGAUUUUGCACUUAGAUGAAACAUCUAGAAAAAUUGUGAUAAAUUUGUCAAAUUGUAUAAUUCUGUCUUCAUCACUUUCUUUGUAACAAGAUGGUCCCAGGGAAAGGGGAGGUUCCAACUUCCCUGCCCCAUCCAAGGAAGGGUGGCACUGAGCAGGGAGGAGGAAGCUGGAGAGGCGGCUGGGAGAAGGAAGGAAGAAGGCUGAAGAGCAGAAGGGGACCUGGAGGAAGCACAUGUUAUGGAUAGAUAUGUGAAGAAGCUGUGCUUCCUUCUUGGUCUUGAACUGUUUGAAAUAAAUGUGGGUGAGAGACCCAUGGGGAGGUUAACAAUGGUAACUUUCAUCUUGAUUUUGAUUUUGUUCCUUCUGUUCCAGACAUGCUUGACCCCUUAUGCUCCUUUCUAUGGGUCCCCACCAGGAGGUACUUUAGAUUUGUGACAGGCUUUCAGGCCUCAGUGGCCCUACUUUGGGCCAACCCUGUUUUCCUGGGUAUUUGCGCAAGAGGGGAUGGUAACCUUGGAUGUUUGAUUUGGAAACUAUGUUCUUUGUCUUUCCCUUUAUUGUACACAAAUUGUAUUAA